CUCGAGACUUCUUCAUUCGAAUAUUACGAAUUGGGGGUUUUAGGUCUAGGUUUCAGGCGUGAAGAGAGAAAGCAGAGGAGAGUCGAGGAUCAGCUGAGAGAUGUCGUAUCUGCUACCGCACCUUCACUCUGGAUGGGCCGUCGAUCAGGCCAUUCUGGCCGAAGAAGAACGCCUCGUUGUUAUUCGAUUCGGCCACGAUUGGGACGAAACUUGCAUGCAGAUGGAUGAAGUUCUGGCUUCAGUUGCUGAGACGAUAAAGAACUUUGCUGUAAUAUACCUGGUAGACAUCACAGAGGUGCCUGAUUUCAACACAAUGUACGAGCUUUAUGACCCAUCCACAGUCAUGUUCUUCUUCAGGAACAAGCACAUUAUGAUUGAUCUUGGCACUGGAAACAACAACAAGAUCAACUGGGCCCUCAAGGACAAGCAAGAGUUCAUUGAUAUUGUUGAGACAGUUUACCGUGGGGCGAGGAAGGGUCGUGGUCUGGUUAUUGCACCCAAAGACUACUCCACCAAGUACCGAUACUAAACCCCUUGUAGUUGGCUGGAGAUUUACUAAAGGUGAUAUCUCCAAGACCUGUUGUAACGAACAUAAAUCAUUUGAACUGUUGAGAAUAUUGUGAUCAUGCACAAGGAGUUUCAGGUAGCUUCUGAUAUGUGGUAUGGCGUGCAGUCUGGACACAGUAGUGCAUGUUUGACAUACAUUAUAUAUAUGAAUGUCAAACAAGGAAACUGCCUAAAAUCUUGGACAUGGAAGCACAUUUGAGUGUUAAUAUAUAUUUGUCCCUUGUGGUUGUCUCAUAA